UUAUUCAUCCGUUAGUCAAAGUUGGUCUCUAGCCAUUAUUUUAUUAAAAUUUUUUAUCAGAAACAAGUGAAAUCAUUUCAUUUAUUCUCAAAGCUGGUUUACAUCUGACAUAACCUCAGAAUAGAUUAUAUGUGGAGUUUCCUCCAUCUUCUAUCGUUAACAACUUUUCACUUUGGAAAUUAUGAAAAGUUUUGUAGCCUAGAGUUAUUGAUAUUUCUAUAGAUAUAUUUGAGCUAUUGCGCGGUCUUUUUUACUUUUUUUUUUGAUAAACCACCCCAGGAAGAGGAAGAGGGGGAGUCUUUCUUACUUUUGUAGUAAGAUCAAUAUAAGAUUUCCGAAUCAACGAGGGAAAAAAUAAUUUAUCACCUGAUUGGCACGAUUUAGAAUGGGGCCAAAUCAUUAUUUACCUGCAAAGUUCCUUAAAAUCCGAACUAUAACUUCUUUCAAAAUCAACAAAAAAAAAAAAAAAAAAAAAAAAACUUCUCUAUCCAUAAUUCCAAUUCCAAAUGCAGAGGUUAAUGAACUAGCGAUUCUAUUCAGAAAAAAACAAGAAGAAAAAAGUAGAGAUUCUUUUCAAUCAUAAUUGCAAUAUGAGAUAUAUAUGUGGGUUAUCUGUAGAUCACGUGAAGUCUAAAGAGAGGAGUACUACUGAUUGUACUAAAUGCUGAAUUGUUUUGUGCUAUACAUGCAAGACUGCAAGAGGACGGGAUUAAAAAGGCUAAAAGUGCUGAAAUUUCACCGAUUUAGAACGCAUGAAAUUUCACAGAUUUAGAACGCCUCGGGUCAUCAUGAAUCAUGGUUUAGGGUUUCAAGACUGUACUCGGCUACACUUACCAAAAUCAAAAUCAGAUUUUCCUUACUCCUCCAUACUCGGCUCAGACUCAAGUUUCUCAACUCCACCGGGUUGCUGGUUGCUGUUGCCACCGCCUAACACCCCACCUGACACCGCCGCCUCACAUUGUUUCCACAUUGCAAAAUGGGUCUUCUCAGCCUCUCAGACUCGGCUUCCUAGUCUCAGAUCAGGAGUUGAAAGUUAUUCAAGUUGGUUUUUUGCUUCCUUUUCAAGGUUGAAUCCUUGACAGCUAAGAGUUCUCUGAGGGUCGUUCUUUCAGGCUUUCAAUCAGCAGCAACACUUCAAUAACCGAGUGGCUCGUCUUUGUUAAGGAAGAGAACUUAGAGAUGGAACAAUCAGCUAGUAGGGAAAUUCAACUAGCAACUACUUCAACAAAUAAUGAAGAUCAAAAUGCUCAAAAGGAAGCAGACAUUUCAGGUGGAAAUGAAAAUAAAAAUGAUGACUUGGUAAUUGAAAUUAGCAAAAUAGUCAAAAGGACGGAAAUUCAGUUAUUAGAAGAGUGUUGUAUCUACAAACUUCCACGCUACCUUCGUAAAUGGAAUGAAGAAGCCUACACUCCUCAGGUUAUUUCAAUUGGCCCGUAUCACCACGAAAACCAAAGAUUGAAAGCCAUGGAAGAGCAUAAAGAGAGGUACUUUAGGAGUUUCAUGAAACGGAGUGAGAGAAGCUUGGAGUAUUUGGUGGGCACGGUAAGGGAAAUGGAAGAACGCAUUCGCAGGUGUUAUGAAGAGACUAUUGAUCUUACCAGCGAUUGCUUUGUGAAAAUGAUAUUGCUGGAUGCGUGCUUCAUUCUUGAGCUUUUAUUCCGACGUAGUUCAUUACGUUUGACAAGUCAUGACGAUUCUAUGGUUGUGGAACCAAGGGCUGCUGCUGUGAAGGUUGACUUGCUAUUAUUUGAAAAUCAGCUUCCAUUCUUUGUUAUUAAGGAACUACAGCACCGUGCAUUUCCGUCUCUCUCCGAUGCAUUCUUUUUUAAGAAUAUUUUUUCCUACUUUGACGUGUUCACCGACAUUCAGUAUAGGCAGCCCAAGCCCAAUGCGGAAAUUGCACACUUCACCGAUCUUCUUAGAACCUUCAUGUUACCCCCACCCGAGGAGUUACCUGAAAGAAUCACUGAACAUCCGAAGCUUUUGUACUCAGCAACACAACUCCACAAGGCAGGAGUAAAGUUCCGGCUUGGUAAAAGUGAACGCUCUUUUGAAAUAAAAUUUGAAGAUGGUGUGUUGGAAAUCCCAAAAUUAGAAAUAGAGGGUGUGACGGAAGUUGUUAUCCGAAACGUUAUGGCAUUAGAACAAACUUGCUAUAUAGGAAAUGCUUACUUUACUGAUUACUUCAUCUUCAUGGAUUAUCUUAUCAAUUCCAGAAAAGAUGUGGAUUUACUUACCAAAAAAAAAAUCUUGGUCAAUUACCUAGGCGACAACAAUGCAGUAAUGUCCAUGAUUAACAAUCUCAACAAAGGAAUCGUAUCCGAAACAGCGAGAGUUGAUUACUGUAAUCUCUAUGAAGAAUUGAAUAGGUUCUAUGAGAAAUCUUGGCACCGCUGGGAGGCGACAUUGAAAAGUGAAUAUUUUAGCACCCCUUGGAGGUUCGCUUCAACAGUGGCUGCUAUUAUUCUUCUGCUGCUCACUUUUAUGCAAACAGCAAGUUCUAUGAUUGAUCUUCUGUCUUCACGAAGUAACAUGGGUUCAAAGACUUAAUAAUUAUGAUGGUUGUUCCCCUGUUCGUUGGAAUUGACGUCGCUUAUGUAAAAUACCCAAAUUAUAUAUUUUGUUCUAUGUUAUUAUUUCUAAUGUAACUGAACUUGCCGAUGUAUAAUAAGCUAGUGUUGUGUUUCAAAAUCCUUGUAGGGUACUAGUUUUGUAUUUCAAAAUCCUCUUCUUUUUUUUUUUUUUUGGUUGAAUAGUUCAUCGUUUGUUUCUGAAAAAGAAAAAAAAUAGUGUCCGAAGCUUUAAGCUGGGCCUCACGGGCUGGGUUUGUCUUCCGUUUUGGGCCGCUCAUAAAACAGACCGAAAUAUUUGUGGUUCUUCUUUAUUUGAGUGUUGGCCCAAUUAAUUUAAUGACUCAAUUCUGAACGAAUUCAAUCCUGAGAAUUAUUUUGACCGGCCGUCGGUAUGGGUUAAAGACUUUGGAA